AGGGUGUUGUCACAAACAGUGGCUGAAAUCACCAUCUGCUUCCAAUUACACUAUGACAAUCUGCAGGACGGUCGCCAAGAACCAGCUCUGUGAGGGACUAUAGUUUUUAGCCAGAGGGGGAAAAGGAGCCAGAGGGGGAAAAGGAGGCAGAACCUGGAAACUAAAACCAGGACGUGGAGCUGACUUUUAAUUGUGGUUGAGCUGAGUCAUGGAGCUGGGGGUUUGGAAACUUUUCCGUUACUCUGUGGAUUCCUCCCCGUUCAUUCUGAGUGACUAACUUCCAGUUUGGAAAUGUAGUUAAGACAUGAAGGAGAUGUUGAAGCGGUGAAAGCAUACAUCUAUUUCUUUUCAACAAACUGGAGCAGAAACAGGUCGGACUUUCAGAAGUGGUGACUUUUCAACAUUUCUUGCAUCUUUAUUAAUACUAAAUGAAAGUUGCAUGAUCCUGGAUGUUUUUAUACAAACUAUUGCAUGGCAAACAGAUGCAUGCAUACUCAAAUCAGCCUCUUAAACUGCAUUGUUCUGAAGUAAGAUGUUGCACCUAAGUCUCAGAUAUUAGCUGUUAAACAAUGUUGACAUUGUGGAAAAGGCUUUUCAACAACUUCCUACUCCUUUCACUCUGGAUUAUGUUUUCUUUGUGAGCAAUUUAUAAGCAAUGGAGGAGCAAACAGCCAUCCUAAAAUUCUUCAGGGUCCUUACAGAGGAGGAGGACGAGGAUGUUAUUCAAGGAGACACUGAGCUGAGUUUAGAUAUAAAGAAAAAUGUCUUUGAGGAAGCUGUGGAGAACAGUAGAGAGUCCUUAUCGCAUGUUAAACUGCUUUAUGAUGGGGAGACUUGUAAUACAGUGAGACAUAUAACUAAAGGAGAAGCAGGAAAUGACUCAGACAUGGCAGAGGAGGAGAGGUGUAAUGUCAACCUAACAGAGCAGCAAAGUGUGGCUGCCAACGCUGAACAUGUCUCAGAGAAACAGACCUUUGCAACAAAUCAAGACGAGAAUAAGAUGCCAUACGACAAAGUUAACGGCUACAGCAACGAGGGUUGUCACAUAUCGGAGAACUCGCUGGAUGAAUGUGCCUUGAAGGAAACCGUGCAACCAAAAUAUCAACAUACUUCAACUGACUGCAUGGAUACAGGCUGGGAUUCUCAUUCCAAGCAGGAUGCCACUGAAGAAGUUAAUAAGAAAGAAAGAAAAGAUUAUGAAAAUGUUCACAUGCAGGAUGAUUGUGUCCCAAAUGCUUCCAGUUCGGAUGUCGGUUCUGACCCUGAGGAAUCUGAGAAAAGUAGAUCUAAAAAUAUAGUGAUCACAGCGACUCGGACAAGACCUGACGUUGAGGAAGAACCGAUAUUAACACCAACAUUUGAGCAUGCUGAUGGCUCAUCUCAUAUCCAAAAUAAAGAGGGGAGGACCGGAUCAGAUGAGGUAAGCGAAGAAGAAGAAGAAGAAGAAGAAGAAGAAGAAGAAGAAGAAGAAGAAGAGAAAAGAGAUGCAUUUCCAGACUUUUCCCCCCCACUUUACCCUCCAGCCCCAAAAGACCCUCUUUCCAUAACAUCUGCAACCCAUAACCCUCCACCUGGAUCCACCUUCACCAGAGCCACCUUUAAACCGAGCUCCCCCACCGACAAACAGAUCCAGCUCCCGGCCCUCUUCAGCGGGCUGAGGGUCCUGAGGAAGGGGGUCGUCGGGCCCGAGCACGACACCGUGGCCCGGAUCAAAACCUCAUCACCAGCAAAGAGGGACAUUUUCCCUGAUAAACAAUCGGACGGUAAAUCUCAGGGGAGCUUCCUGGACCAGAUCUCACAGCUGCUGAACCGGGAAAAGAGCGAAGAUGAGACCGAGGAGACCAAAGAGACCAAGGAGACCGAGGAGAGGACGGAAAGGGAGGCUGAAGCAGAUGAGACUGAUAUGGAAAAAAGUCAAGAGGACGAGAGGGAAGAAGUUGAAACAGAGAAGGAAGCAGAGGUUUCAUCUGAGUCCACCAAGCCUCCUGCGUCCAGUGCAGAGGCGGCAUUCGAUGCCUUCAAAGCCUUUUUCACCCCAAAGCCUCUGAAGAGGGACCCGGCUGAGAAGAUAGACCUGGACGCAGUGAGGAAGAAGAUAAGAGCAGAUAAAGAUGUGCUGAAGGCGCUUUUUGAGAGAGCCUCCAAUAAGACGCAAGAGAAGAAAGACUCCCCUGAUGGCAAAUCAGAAGCGUCCACCCCAGGAGAUGGAGAGGAGAGAACGCCAGGUCGCCUUCAAGCUGUCUGGCCACCACUGAAGGAGGAGAAAGUUGGGCUGAAAUACACAGAAGCAGAGCACCAGGCCGCUCUCCUGCAGCUGAAGAGAGAAUGCAAAGAGGAGCUGGAGACGUUGCAGGAGGACUUUGGUCAGCAGCUCUCCAGACUGCGGGUGGAGAACGAGGACAACGUGUCCCGUCUGGAGUUCAGUGUCUCCGAGCUGCAGACCCUCCUCUCCCAGGCCGGGACCCGGCGUCACGGGGAACUCAAAGACGUUGCUGUGUCAACGGAAGACGACUUCUUACACAAGUCUUUCCGCACAGUGUGCAUCCAGACCGACAGGGAGACAUUUCUUAAGACCCCUGAGGAUGGAGAAGGUGCAACGAGAGCGAGCACGGGCCCCCAGCAGCAGAGGGUGACCCCCAGAAAACUGGACCUGACGUCUAUCAGCCUCAGCCUGGCCGGACACAGGGACGAUACUUCCUCUUCAUCACAUGACCCUCCAUCACUUCCUCAUAUGCAGACUCCAUCAGUACAACCACUAGCUGCUUCUCAGACAACCAAAACACACAUCCUGCCUCCUCCUCCACCUCCUCCACCUCCACCAUGUUUUUCUUCACCCCUUAACCUCAUGCAGACGUCACAUAUAGCUCCCCCACCUCCUCCACCUCUUCCCUUCACUCCAGGCUUUGCUCCCCCACCUCCUCCACCUCCUCCCUUCACUCCAGGCUUUGCUCCCCCACCUCCUCCACCUCCUCCCUUCACUCCAGGCUUCGCUCCCCCACCACCUCCUCCUCCAGCUGGGGGUUUUAUUGUUGAAAAACCUCCAAGGAAGCAGACAGUGGAGCCGUCCCGACCCAUGAAGCCUCUCUACUGGACCAGAAUCCAUAUCCAGCACAACAAGUAG